AUGUUUGAAAGGAUUUUUGACAGAUAUUCAAAAGGUAUAUAUAGAGUUAUUGAUACUUGUGCAAGCUUAGUAUAUUGGUCUUUAAGAGUAACUAGGUAUUUCUUUCCGCUGACUAUCGCUUUAGUGCUGCUCAGUUUUACAAUCUUUAGUUUAACAUGGAUAAUUUAUCUUGGAUUUUACUGGUAUUGGAUACCCCCAAAAUUUAUUUCAUUCCCAAUAAAUUUUGAUUACCAAAACAGGUAUCUUUCUCAAUUUCUGCCAGAUUAUUUCUUGAAUAGUGAUAACGCGUUCAUAAGUAAGUUCCCAAACUCAACUCAAGGUUUUUCCCAAUUGAAUUACAAAGAUAGAGCAUAUGGUAAUUUCAUUAGCAGUCAUGAAUUAUCCAGACAGCUGCUUUAUGAGCAGUCUGAAGCUUCUGCCAUUCUGAAUUUUAAUAACAUCACUUGGAGAUACAAAAGUGCUGUUAAUAAAAGCAAUUCAUUCUCCAAUCAGAAUCUACUUAACCAAACAAAAUAUCUUGAAAACUUGGAUAUGCCCACUGAAAAUAUUAAUAACUUUAAUACUGGGGUUCUGAAAUAUCUUGUACAUUUAAAAAAUUAUUGGUCUUCUAAGAUUUACAAUUUCGUAACAUUUAACUGGUACCAGAAGAAAAGGUACUAUAAAGGAAUUGAUGAAGGAAUUAAUCAAAUCAUUCAUAAACACGUUGACCUUAGAUUUAAAAAUAGAAUGAAUUUGGAAGUCCUUGGAAAUGAAAUUGACAUCAUUGUUGAACUUUUUUACUUUCCUAGCCAAUAUAAUAUCAAUAUCACUCCCUUCCAAAUUACUCUGGAUUUAAUCCAAUGUUUAGAAUCCCAUCUUAAUUAUAGCAUUGGAAUUGAUAAUAACAGUACUAACUCUUCAAAAAUCUUGGCUAGCUUCAAAAAAACAUCUGCAAUUGAAUAUUUACCUAAUAUUGUCUUAAAAUUCAAAGAAUAUAUUUCUAUCAUUCCUUCUCUGCUUGGAAUACAAAUUAACUCCCUUGGAUUGGGGCUUGAAAGUAAAAUCAGUGUCAAGCUUGUUGAAAACUUUCCUCUUCGAAGAAAACACCCCUUCAAUUUUAAUUCUCUUGAAACGAAUAUCAAACUAUGUGGAGCAAAGAUUAAAAUGAAACCUGCCCUCCAUAUUUCUAAGAGCAACCUUAUUUUCCAAACAAAACUCCCCUUUUGGAAAGAAAUCAUUCGAAACCACCCAAUCUUAAUGGGAAAUGUAAUUUCUUUUAUUAUUACACUUUUUUUCAUUUCAGUACUCUCUUUCAUAAUAUUCUUAUCUGGAUUAUAUUUCCUUUGGAAAAAGUAUUCUGCAAACAAUUACAACGAUUUCCAUAUUUCUAGCAGCUUCCUUCCAACUGGCACUGUUACUUAUACUAACUGUACUCCAACUUCUUCGUAUCAAAUUAAUGGUAAUGGCCUUAUUCAGACUAAUAAUCAAGAUUUCUCCACCAAGAACAUCCCUCUCUCUAAUUGUGAACAGCUUUUAAUUGACUACUCUAUGACUAAUUCUUCUAUCAAUAUCAAUGGGCUUUUGCCUCUUGAAACUAAACAAAUCUCCCACCCAAGAAACCAGUAUAUGGGGCACUCUCAGUCAUUUAAUGAUCGAAAUUCUGAUGAAAAUAUCAAAUCUGAAGAAAAUGAGGAUACUCAUGAAAAAUCCAUACAUUCUCCCAAAUCAAAUCUUUCUGAAGCUUAG